CUUGAAACUGUUGUAAUGGGAAAGAGUUUGUGCAUAAUAGUAAUAGCCUAAUAUUAAAUUAGGAAUCCUUUGUAUUUUUGGAAACUUUUAUUAGUAUAAAUAUAUCUGCCAGGUACCCUAUUGGGUAACCUUUCCCACUAUUUCACAUGGUAUCAAGAGCCUAAAAAUUUUCUCUCUCUUUCCUCCAAACCCUCGAUUUUUUUCUUCUCUCCUACGCCAUGUCUUUGGCCGCAGGUUCUGGUAUCGAGAAUCUGCACUCUUCUUCCGCCGAGUUUACUUCUUCAUCCAUGGAAGCCUUCACCACUCCUUCAUCUUCCUCAACUACGGCGCCGGUUUCCGCUACCUUCACCGACGCAGCCGUAGUCAUCACCAGCGCCCCGGUCACCAUGAUCGAGCCGCCGCAGGUGCUUACCUCUCAGCCGGGAUUGGUCGUGACCUCUGCAUCUUCUUCACUCGAUCGUGGCACAUCCUCCCUGUUUCAAAACACUCCUUUGAUGUAUCCAGGCAGCCCCUUCUUGACUCCUGCCUUUGCUGCCACCCAAUUACCCAACUCAAGUCCGGGGUAUUUUGGCUCCACGUUUUCAGGAGCCCCUGGUCUGUCUCGGCCGCCUGAUCAAUUUCUCUUCCAGUCCCCGAUGGCAGCGGUUGCACAAUCAAUCUCUCCGGCCAACAAUGUCGCACAAAUUGUUACAAUCAAACUCAAGACGGUAGAAGACUACAUCACAUGGCGUACUCAAUUUGAAUCUUUCCUGGUCUCUCAAGGUGUGUUUAGCUUCUUGGAUGAUUCCACACAGGUACCUCCGAUGUACACGGUUGAUUUUAAUAAUCGCCAAAUCAUUAAUACUGAUUAUUCUCAUUGGUUACGGGUUGAUCAAACAAUUCGUUCUUGGAUUUUUGCUACACUUACCCGUGAUGUAUUAAUUGAUGUACAUGAACUUAAACAUUCUUUUGAGAUUUGGGAAAGAUUGCAAAAUCGAUUCCGAUCAGCUAGUCUGGCUAGGUCUAUGACCCUUAGACGUUUGUUGUCUAAUAUGAAAAAGAAGGAAAAUCAGUCCAUGGAAAAUUAUUUAAGGGAAAUUCAUUUAUUAGUUGGUGAACUGGCUGCAAUUAAUUCUCCUGUGUCCCAUAAAGAGGUACUUCAGACCACCUUUAUGGGGCUCGGACCAGAGUAUGAAUCCACCAUGGGUACUAUUUCCCUUUUUCCUGAUCAAUUUCCACCGGAUGUACUUCAUCGGAGUUUGUUAGAGGCUGAACAGAGUGUUCUUUAUCUUCGUCAACAAAAUGCCUCCCCUACUUAUCAAGCAUUUGCCGUUCAAGAAAGAGGUGUCGCACCCCGUGGUGGCCGCGGUGGCCGCGGGCGAGGAGGCCGUGGCAGGGCAGGCCGCGGCAGAGGGGCAGCAGCAGGCCGCGGACCAACCUAGUACAACCAACAGCAGCAGGCUUUCGGCCAUGGCCAGCAGAACUUCGGCCAGGGGCAGCAGCAGGGCUUCGGCCAGGUGAUAUUAGAUUAUCACUUUCACCAACUAAUAAAUGAAUUUAGGAAAAAAAAAAUGUUUAAUUAAAUUUUGUUGAUUCACCAACUAUAGAUAGGUGAUAUUAGAUAGGUGAUCAGUCAUGGCCGAAAGCCUGCUGCUGUUGGUUCCCAAAAAACAGCUGAUUCUACUGGCCGAAGAUAGGUGAUUCCCAAAAAAAUGUUUAAUUAAAUUUUGUUGAUUCACCAACAAUUAAAUGAAUUUAGAAAUUCAUUAAUUAAAUCAGUCCAUAGUUGAUUCUACUGAAAUUUAUGAAGUUUUGGCUGAAGUGACUGCAUUGACUGAUUCUGUUGAUUUAAGAAAAAAUUAUUUUACAAAAUAUAUUUUACUAAUAAAA